AUGCAACAAAGAGAAAAGGAGACAUUCCGUGAAUACGCGCAAAGGUGGCGCGAAAUUGCAGCACAGGUUGUUCCACCUAUGGAAGAAAAGGAGAUGACGAAAGUGUUCUUAAAGACUCUUGAUACUUUUUAUUACGAGAGGAUGAUUGCAAGCGCUCCUACAGACUUUACUGACAUGGUAAACAUGGGAGUCCGUUUAGAGGAAGCAGUUCGAGAAGGGCGUCUAGUUAGAGAAGGAAGUUCAUCUUCAAGCGGGGCAAAGAGGUACGGCGGUUUUAUGAAAAAGAAGGAACAAGAAACUAAUGCUGUGUCCUAUAAUCAUCCAAGAAGGAUCAAUUAUCCUUACCAUUCCCAACACCAACAUAUAGCAGCCGUGACUCCAGUAAUCACUUCCGCUCCAGUUCAAGUCCAAUACCCUCAGCAGCGUACCAACCGCUUCCAACAGAAUACUCAGUAUCAGCAACAACAUCAACCUCAACAACAUCAACAUCAGUUACAACAACGUCCACCACAGCAACAAAGAAAAACCAAUUUUGAUCCAAUUCCGAUGUCAUAUGCAGAAUUGUAUCCAGCUUUGAUCGCUAAAAACCUUGUGCAACCACGACCACGACCUCUUAUACCAGAAGUGCUACCUUGGUGGUACAAGCCAGAGGUAUCUUGUCCCUUUCAUCAGAAUGCUCCAGGUCAUGACUUAGACAACUGUUUUGCUUUAAAGUUGGAAGUACAGAAGUUGACAAGAGCAGGUAUCCUGACCUUCAAGAGCAUGGGUCCCAAUGUGAAGGACAAUCCAAUGCCAAGUCAUGGUCCUUCAUCAGUGAACAAUAUAGAAGUUUGUCUCAAUGAACAACGUGUUACGAAGAUAGAGGAGAUUCGGCAGUCUUUGGUUGAAAUUCAUUCUGUUUUAUGUGCUCAUGGUCUAUUCCAACAUGACCACCAGAUCUGUGGUACAUGUUCAGUCAAUUCAAGAGGUUGUAGAAAUAUUCAAGAUGAUUUGCAAGGCGUCCUUGAUCAGGGUUUGAUUCAGAUUUCUAGACAAGUGAGUUCUCCAGAAUCACAAGAACAAGAGGUGAAUGUCAUCAUUCCUUGCUUCAACAUUCCAGAGAAAGUAGAGAUAGCUUAUCAUCCGAGGGAGCCAGUGGUGAUUUGCCCUCCGGGCCCAAUGCCUUACACUUCAGAUAAAGCGGUCCCCUACCGCUAUGCAGCAACUAUUAUUGAGAACGGUAAAGAGGUCGAGAUUAAAACCUUAGCCUCAGUUACCAAUAUCGCAGCAAAUAGCCGAAUGACGCGCAGUGGCCGCGUGUUCGCUCCGCCGGUUAUCCCAAGUAGAAAUGUUGAGAAAGAUCCAGUAGUCGUGGUACCAGUGACAAGAGAAGCAGAAGGGCAAACAAGCAAUUCAACCCUUGAUAAAGAAACAGAUGAACUACUUAGAAUUAUCAAGCUCAGUGACUACAAAGUGGUAGAUCAGUUGCUACAGACACCGUCAAAAAUCUCGAUCCUGUCCUUAUUAUUGAAUUCAGCUGUCCACAGAGAAGCACUACUGAAGGUGCUUGAUCAAGCCUUUGUAGAACAGGAUAUAACAGCAGAGCAGUUCAACAAUGUUGUAGGCAGCAUCACUUCGUGCAAUGGCUUAGGCUUUUGUGAUGAAGAACUGCCAGAAGAAGGAAAGAAUCACAACUUCGCUCUCCAUAUCUUAGCCAAUUGUCAAGGGGAUUCUUUGUCUAAUAUCCUAAUUGACACCGGUUCAUCUCUGAAUGUCAUGCCCAAGUCUACCUUGGUGAAGCUAAAGUACAAAGGGGGGCAAAUGCGGCAUAGUGGAAUUAUUGUGAAAGCGUUCGAUGGAUCAAGAAAAUCAGUCAUUGGAGAAGUUGAUUUGCCUAUUUGUAUUAUACCACAUGUAUUCCAGAUCACUUUCCAGGUUAUGGAUAUAGUGCCAGCUUAUAGCUGUCUGCUCGGACGCCCAUGGAUUCAUGAGGCGGGUGCCAUUACAUCCACGUUACACCAAAAGUUAAAGUUUGUCAAGAAUGGGCAAAUAGUGACGGUUAAUGGGGAGCAGGCUAUGCUGAUUAGCCACCUUUUCAUCGUUUAG